GCCCCGCCUCCUCCAACCUCCUCAGAUCCUCCCUCUCCCUCAACACCCACCUCAGAAAAAUGGCCACCGCCAACACGCCCGCUUUCAACAAAGUGCUCUACGCCCCCCUGGCCGAGAUCGAUCCUGAGGUGCAGAACAUCAUCGACAAGGAGACCUGGCGGCAGUUCUCGGGGCUCGAGCUCAUCGCGUCCGAGAACUUGACCAGCAGGGCAGCCAUCGAGGCCAACGGCUCCAUCCUCACUAACAAGUACUCCGAGGGUCUCCCGGGCGCCCGCUACUACGGCGGCAACGAGUGGAUCGAUGAGCUCGAGGUCCUGUGCCGCAAGCGCGCGCUGCAGGCGUUUAACCUCGACCCCGCCAAGUGGGGUGUCAACGUUCAGCCGUACUCUGGCAGUACCGCAAACUUCGCCGCAUUGACUGCCAUGAUUCAACCUCAGGACCGUAUUAUGGGUCUCGGUCUCCCCGAUGGUGGACAUCUGACCCACGGCUACUACACCGCUAAGAAGAAGAUGACCGCCUCGUCCAUCUACUUCCAGUCCUUCCCUUACGGUAUCGACCCCACCACCCACCUCAUCGACUACGAGGGUCUCGCCAAGCAGGCCAAGAUCUUCAAGCCCCGUCUCAUCAUCUGCGGUGCCUCCGCGUACCCCCGCGACUGGGACUACGGCAACCUCAAGGCCACCGCCGAGCGCGAGGGUGCUUUCCUGAUGGCCGACAUCGCCCACACGAGCGGUCUCAUCGCUGCUCAGGAACUCAACAACCCCUUCGAGUACUGUGAUGUUGUCACUACCACCACCCACAAGACGCUCCGUGGCCCUCGCGCCGGUCUCAUCUUCUUCCGCAAGGAUGGUGACAAGUACGCCGACCUUGAGAAGCGCGUCAACGAGGCCGUCUUCCCCGCGUGCCAGGGUGGCCCCCACAACAACACCAUCGCUGCCGUCGCCACGGCUCUCCUCCAGGUCGCCCAGCCCGAAUUUAAGCAGUACGCGAAGCAGGUCAUCGCCAACGCCCGCGCCCUCGGCGAGACCCUCGUCUCGCACGGCUACAAGCUCCAGACCGGUGGCACUGACAACCACCUGCUCCUCUGGGACCUGCGCCCGCUCGGACUUACCGGUAGCAAGGUCGAGAAGGUUUGCGAUCUCCUCGGCAUAACUAUCAACAAAAACGCCGUGUCCGGCGACGCCUCUGCGCAGACGCCCGGCGGCAUCCGCCUGGGCACGUCGGCGCUCACGUCGCGCAACAUGACGGAGGGCGACGUGCGGCAGGUGGGCGAGUUUUUGCACCGCGCGGUGCAGCUCUCGCUCGUGCUGCAGAAGGAGGCGGGCACGAAGCUGCUCAAGGACUUUGUCCGCGUCGCGACGACGGACUCGGGCAAGGAGGGCUUCACGCAGGUCAAGGCGCUGCACAAGGAUGUUGUCGCGUUUGCGAGGCAGUUCCCGCUCCCCGGCGCGGACGUGAGCACGCUGAAGCGGCCUGCUGGGAUUGAGGAGGAGUUUUAGGUUCUGAGUUCUGGGUGUUAUGUUGGGACUGGGACUUUGGGGUGGUUGAUGACGGUGACGGUGAUUUCUUAUGAUUCAACUUACGUUUAAUUGUAUGUAGCGUAGAGUAGGCAUUCAACAUGAUCUACAAGUACAGAAUGUAUCUAUAAUGCGAAAUGUUCAGUUUUCG